AUGCCUGCAGGUCCUGCUCGCACACUGCUCUGCACGCCCGCGUACGCCCCGCCGCUCAGCCCCCGUGUGCCUGUGCACCGCGUCCUGGCCGCAUGGUCCUGCUCGCACGUCGCUUGGCCUCCGUGUGCCCGCGCGCGUUGCUGGCCCGCGCUGCUCCCUGCCUUCCCUCCCCCGUUUCACCGCUCCGCGAGCGCGCGCUCCUCCGUGCCGUCCCGCCGCCCGGUGUUCGUUAGGUCCUACGCGCCUGGGUCUCCGCCUGGCCUCAGCGCCUUCAUCGCCCGUCCGCUUCUUGUGCCCCCCGCGCCAGCUCGCCACCUCCGGCUGCGCUCCGUGCGCUCGGGCCGCCUGCCCCGCCCUUCCCAGCAGCGGCCGGCUUCACAUCCGCACGCGGCCGGGUGCUCGGCACCCGCUAGCUCGGCCCCCGCGGCCGCCCGCCGCUUGGUCUGGCCGCUCCCGGCCAGCGCACGCGCCGACUCCGGUCCGCCCCGUCGCUGGCUCCCGCGCCCGGCCUCCUCCCUGGCGCCCGUCGCGCUCCCGCUGCCAUGGCCGAGCCCCCGCCUGCCGGCUGCCGCCCUGUGUUCCGCGCCGGCUCCGGUCCACGGACGCGGCCAAGCCCCCGCCGCUGCGGCCGCCUGCUUCGAUCGGGUGCUCAUUGACAGGAGAUGCCGGUCCGGCUGGGAAAAGAAGUGA